AUGUCUGACUGGGAGGAAGAGUACGACAAGAACGCCGUGGAAAUCAAUAAACCAGCCCCGGUGGAGUUCGAAUUCCCUCCAAACCCUCCAAAGGAAAAUAUAUGUUUCGGUGUCAAAAACAGAAACACAUCUGAAUUCUCCAGAGAGCGCAGGCCUUAUGGAGCUGAUGCUGGAGGCCCCGGAGGAGACAGACGACGACAGGCGGGCGAAAAGUUGGAUUCAUCCCGUCCGUUGACCCUUCAUGUGAAGAGUACAUCAGUAGGGAGAAUAAUAGGUCGUGGAGGAACCAGAAUUCGUGAACUUGAAGAGAGCAGUGGCGCAAGAAUCAAGAUCAACAGGGGGGAUUAUGAAUGCGAGGUCGUCAUCUUUGGGACUGUCGCUGCUCAACAGAAGGCUAACAACAUGAUUGAUGGCCUGCUGGAGGACAUCUCACGAUUUGACAAUUAUGGAAGGAGCCACAGAGGAAGAGGUGACUGGAAUGACUCUACUGGCUCUGUUUGGUCUCACCAACAAUUGAGCGCUGCACAAGCUGUUACACCUCGCCCAACCAUCGACUGGAAUGACAUUCGGGAGAACAAGGACAAGUACGAAGCGCUGAAGUGGAAGGACCUUCCACCAAUAAAGAAGUACUUCUACACUGAGGCUGAGAGUGUGUCCGUGCUCACAGCUGAGGAAGUCAGUGCAUGGAGGAAGGAAACCAACAAUAUCUUUGUGGACGACCUGAAGGAGGGAGAGGAAAAGAGGCCCAUUCCUAAUCCCUGCCGCACCUUCCUGGAAGCCUUCAGCCUCUAUCCAGAGAUCAUGGAGAACAUUGAGCGGGUUGGCUUCACCAAACCAACCCCCAUCCAGUCUCAGGCAUGGCCUGUGCUGCUGAGCGGCGAGGACCUGAUCGCCAUCGCUCAGACAGGAACUGGGAAGACUCUGGCCUACCUCCUGCCUGGGUUCAUCCACAUGGAUGGACAGCCUGUACCAAGAGCUGAGCAGAACGGUCCAGGCAUGUUGGUGCUGACUCCCACCAGAGAGCUGGCCCUGCAGAUUGAAGCGGAGUGCAAGAAAUACCGUUACAAGGAUUACAAGAGUCUCUGUAUCUAUGGCGGGGGUGACAGGCGGGGGCAGAUCAACAUGGUGAAAGGUGGAAUCGACAUCGUUAUUGCCACACCAGGCAGAUUAAAUGAUCUCCAGAUGAAUGAACUCAUCACUCUGAGCUCCAUCUCUUACCUGGUGCUGGAUGAGGCCGACCGUAUGCUCGAUAUGGGCUUUGAACCUCAGAUUAUGAAGAUCAUCCUGGACAUUCGCCCAGACCGACAGACUGUCCUGACCAGCGCCACCUGGCCCACCGGCGUGAGAAGGUUGGCCAAGUCCUACCUGAAGAAUCCAAUGAUGGUCUACGUCGGCACCUUGGACCUGGCGGCCGUUAACACGGUGCAGCAAACAGUGACGAUUGUGAGUGAAGAGGAAAAAAAGUCAUAUUUAUAUGACUUCGUCAGAAACAUGCUGCCCCAGGAUAAAGUUCUCAUCUUUGUUGGCAGAAAGAUCAUGGCUGACGACAUCUCCAGUGACCUGUGUCUGCAGGGUCUGGCUGUGCAAAGUCUUCAUGGUGACCGUGACCAGCACGACCGUGAAGAAGCUCUGCAGGAAUUUAAGGAGAGUCGAGUCCGCAUCCUGGUCGCCACAGACCUGGCGUCUCGAGGCCUGGACGUCCAUGACAUUACACAUGUCUUCAACUAUGACUUCCCGCGCAACAUCGAGGAGUACGUCCAUCGCGUGGGCCGCACCGGCCGGGCAGGACGAUCGGGUGCUGCCGUUACGCUGGUGACAAGACAGGACUGGAGGAUGGCCUCCGAGCUGAUUCCCAUUCUGGAACGAUCAGGCCAGGACAUCCCAGAAGAGCUGGUGCUCAUGGCAGAGAGGUAUGAGAAGCACAUGAAGGAGAAGGAGCUCCGAGAUCCAAAGGGAGGUCCGGGACGAGCAGGGGGCUCGUCAUCGGACCGCAGAGGUGGUGGAGGGAGAGGCGGCAGAGACCGUUGGGGGUUCUAA